CCUCCACCCCAAGUGACACACUGGCCACGCCGCUUGUCAUAUAUAUCCGCGCCCUCUCCUUCCUGCUUCUCGCCCCAUCUCUCAUCCCUCAUCCCUCAUCGACACUUUACCCCGUCAUGCACGGCAACCGCUACCGCUCUCCUGCCAACAACCCAGCAUCGACGAAGAAGACUCCACCCUCGAAGCAGGGCGGCCCUGCCCUUUCGGGGCCUAGCCACUCUCCCCACGACAAGGACGUGGGCGCCGACGUGGGCACUUUCGCACGCUCGCGCAACCGGCCGCGCAACCGUCGACGCAAGGGCGGGCGUCUGCAAGACGAGAAUCAGAAGGGGCCGAUACCCGGAUCGCAGCGCCACCACGAGGUACAACUUCACCGAGAGUCGGAGGCCAAAUCCUCCGAGAGGCCUUCUUGGGAGGAGGUUUUCGCGCGGAUGGCGGACGAGGCUGAGCUCGAGUUGAGCGCCGACGACCCCGCUGAUGGGUGGGGGGAGCCGCCCAAGUCGAAGCUCAGGCGUCUGCGCGUGGAGAAGUGGCUUCUUGGGGUCGUUCCCGGCGCCGCACCUUUUUAGAUGGUCAAGACGUAGAAGUGCAGUCUCCUUGCCGAUGUAUCAUAGCCUUAGGGUGCCAGCACAUGCUAGCUCUCGAAUCAGUCCAGCUGUAUCUAUGGC